AUGUCAGAUCCAAUCAUCCAAGUGGCAGAAACCAUCCAAACUGCCUCCAUCAAACGAGAUCCGUCUCCAAGGCACGACAUCAAUCCUUCCACCUCCGCCUCGGAGAAGAGACCAGUCGCUCAACGCGCGCCCUCCGAGGCCGACAGCCUCCCUUCGGACAUCGUUGACCCUAGUCGCAUGAUCCGACCCAUUCCUCGCCGCCAUACCCUCCCUCCCUUGCCGGAUCUGCGGUUCGAACAGAGCUACCUCGCCAGCUUACGAGGCGCCGAUACAUGGGGACGAGUUGCGUGGAUCACGGUUCGGGAUCAGGUUCUGCUUCCUCUCAUGCAGGGCACGCUCUGGACUCUCGCUUUGGCUGGCUGGCGGUACUGGAAUCGCACCGCUUCUCUCAGUGGCCAAACCCUCGGAAGCAGAUUACGGCGGUGGUGGUACGAGGUGAACAAUUGGAAACUUCCUGCUCUCCGCUCGACAAGAGACCCCCGACUUGCCUCAAAGGUCGAAGACUUUUAUACGGCACAAUUCUCGAACGCAGGCACGGAUUGA